AUGGAGUUUGUAAACAUGGGACACAACAGCGAAAAACAUGAGCACGCCGAGGAAGAGGGAGCAGCACACGUACGAUAUGGUUAUGGACACAUAACCGAGCAGGACCCUGUGCUUUUUGCUCUCCAGCGGCUCCGGCUCUUGCUCGUUCGCAAGAAGAGAUCGCGAGGGCAUAACAAGAUGCUGAUCGGCGGCAACCUCAAGACCCAGGUUCUGGCCAGCCAGAUAGGCCAACACAUCUCCAAGAACACUAUUCUCAACGUGAGUGGGAAGCUCUUCGCCGGAUCCGAGCCUGCCGACCAGGACCACGAGCUGCUUGUCGAGUUGGUGGCUCUGGUUAAGGCCGUGCUGCAGUCGCAGCCAGCAUAG